AGUCUAGCUACGACUGAGCAGCAUCGCAGCCACGACGACCGACGACGACCUGAGUUGACGCUCGUCGCUACCAUCCGCCCAUUCUCUACAUCUUCCAUCCGUCCUUUUCUUCUUCACCACAGUGCCCAAUCAGCGUCCCACAUUUGAUCCAUUCGCGCGCGCGGCUCUCACGCCACGAUGUCGGCCCUCCCGGCGCAGUUUUACCACAGCGCUGAUGACGACGGCGCUGGUGUCAUCCACGAGGACUCGCCGCCUGGCCUCACUGCAUCCGGUUCGUCCGAUGACGGCUCUUCUCCAUCAUCCGUAGGCCAACAGCGUGGCCAUCCGUCCAAGAAUGGCAGCAGUACAGCUGCGACGUCGUCCAAGGCGCCGAGCGAGGCUGCGACUGCCUUCGAUGCCAUGAGUCCGUGGAGCAGCCACAGCAGCGAGGUGCUCGUUGACUCUGGAGCUCAUGACUGGGCAUCGCCAUUUAGCUCUGCGACAGAGCAUCACUUCUACGAUGGUAGUAUGUCAUUCUCCAACGACAAUGACGCCUUGGCUUCGUCGCUAGCUUCUUCCUCAUCUAUGCAGCACCAGCUUGCCUUCUCCUCGCCCUCAAUGGCGUCUUCCUCCUCCCCAGGUAUCGCAGCACCUGGCGACGCGGCGUCCAAGAACGCAUUGCGAGAAGCGUCGCAGCGAAUGGCAGGAGGCAGUGCAGAGAGAGGGCUAGGCUUCACCUCUUCAGGAUCUCCCUCAUCCUCUCAAGCGCGAGCUGGGAUGUGGAAUAGCACCCAGAAGCCGACGUCAGAUGAGCAGAUGUUCGACUCGAUCAUUGAGGAGGACAGCUUUGGACCGCCCUCGACCAGCACCUCCGACUACGCUGGCUCACCACCUCCUCCUCAGUCGGCUGCGACUACGCGCGGAUUGUCGUCCGUCUUCGGGGCCAUGCACAUGCCUAGCAAUAGCGCUUCGCCGCCGGGCUUGUCUAGCUACGGCGUCGUUGAUGGCAUCAAGACGGAGCAGCAGGAUGAGACGAUGGCAGGUCCGCAGCAGCACGAACCUGCAAAGCCGCAGCCGCCGCCUGCUUCCACUCCGCAGCCUUCAAAGGCGGACGCCGCAGACGACAGCAUAGCAGCAUCAGCAGCAGCUCCCGUAGCGGGGCCAUCUUCAGCGCCCAUGAAUGGCGAGCAAGAGGUAGCCUUCUCAGCCUCUGCCGUCGUCAGGCCAGAAGUUGACGGCCUGGCCGACCUUCAAAUUCACGUCCACGGCAUUGCAGCUCGAGGCGCCAAGUCGCGCGUUGAGACUCAAAUCAAGGCUCACCUCGAGCUCGUACGUCCAUCGCAGGGAGAAGGGGCGUGGGAGCGCAUCGGCAGCUUCACGCAUCUCAAACUUCCUCCGCUCAGCGCAACGAAGCGGAAGACCAAGAAGAAUCAGCAAGGCACCGCGGAGAUCCCCAAAGAGAAGACUCUUUAUCUUGAUGUCGCAGUCGUCAACGCCUCGCCGCCACACCAGCGCGCCUUCGCUUGUCAGAGCUGCAGUGAGCGCGAAAAGAAGCGUGCAGACCGCCGCAAGAGUGGUCGAACUAAGUCUGGCCCAAUUCCCUCCGAGGAGGAGAUGCGACGACUAGGAGUCGACCCUUCGAGCCCAGACGCAGGCGAGCUAGCAGCGGAGCGUCUCACACAGGAGGAGAGCAAACGCAUUAUACUCUUCAACUGCGGCGACUAUCUCGAGUUCAAGGACGGCCAUACCGAGCUGCCCACGCGCGUGACGUGCUACUGUCGUCACCACAAAGAGAAGCUCGGGUUCUGCAUCUUGUUCACCAUGCGCAACUGGAAGGGUAAGACUGUUGCGUGUGGGUCCACACCCGCUAUCAUGAUUACCGACGAUCAUAAGUCUUCCGCGGCGCUCGAGAGGAGCAAGAGGGAGGCGGCGCAAGUCACAAGCGCUGCACCCACGCCGGGUCAUAUGGCGGAUCGCAGCAGAGGUAACUCGGCGGAUACGAGUGUCGGUGCUGGCGAGGCGAAUGGUGGUGCAAGCCGCAACAAGCCGAAGAAGUCGCGACCGAAGCCGUACGACUCAUCGAGGCGCUCGACGAUCAGCAAUGGCGCUGGCGGCGGGGUAGCGAUGACUCCUGCGGCCAGCAAUGGUGGUGCUAAUGGCACGAUGACACCCGCGAACGGUAGCGGCUCUUCGCCCUCGAUGGAUUUGGUCACCGCCUUGGCUGCGAUCGGCAACGAGCGUGCAUUGCUCCUUCAGCAACAACAUCACCAACAGCAGCAGGCGGCGCAGCAGCAGCAAUUGCCGCAGCACCAGUCACAUCAUCAACAUCAGCCACCUCAGCACCAGCAGCAGCCUGUACCGCCCCACCUCCAUCACACGCAGAUGCAGCAACCUCAGCUCAAUGGCUUCCCAAAGGGAGCUCAGAACUCACAGAUGGGCUCGCUUCCAUACGCCAGCAUGCUGUCGCAGGGCUCCAUCUCGCCAGAGACUCUGCUCACCAAUCCGCUCAGCCUUCCCGGCAUCGACUUCAGCGAUCCGAACGUUGCCCAGCAGAUGCUUGCGCUCCUCGGCCAUCAGGGCCUUGUUCCUGGUUUGGCUCAGCAGGCCGCACCGUCUUCGUCCUCGCAGCACCAGCCAAAUGGUGGCACAGCCUCAGCGCCGCCCUCGUUGCCGCAGGCGCGCAUCUCGAAGAUCAUCCCCGGGGAGGGGCCCACGAGUGGAGGAAUCGAGGUGACCAUCCUGGGAGACAAUUUUACCGACGGUCUCACGUGUCUGUUCGGCGAUCUUGCCGCAAGCUCGACACGCGUCUGGGCCGCCAAUACUUUGAUCUGCGUGCUGCCGCCCAGCCCCAGCCCAGGACCUGUAGCGGUCACACUCAAGACGGUCGAGGAGAUGAGCGGUGGCAGUCAGACUCGCGGAGCGUCCAAUGGCGGCGGACCGCUGCAGCUCUUCACUUACGUGGACAAGAGUGAUACGCAGUUGAUGGAACUGGCACUGCAGGUCGUGGGCUUCCAGCAGACCCGAACUAUGCAGGUGCCAAGGGACAUUGCGCUACGCUUGCUCGCAUCCGGCCAGGGGUCUAUCAAUUCAAACCUCGCUCAGCAGCAACAGGGUCAGUACAGCGGCGGCCAGCAGCAACAGCAGCUCAGCAACGCCCGCUCCGCAGUGGAUGGCCUCUUCGCUGCCGCAGGGGAGAGACCGACCAGCUUCCAGGACACAAUCAUCAACUUCCUAUCUGUUGUUGAAGAAGGGCAGGCAACGGCACAACGAGCCGACGCUAUCCGUCUGGCGAACAAAAAUGGUCACACGCUCCUCCACUUGGCGGUCAUGCUCGGCUUCCAUCGUCUUGCGGCUAAGCUGCUCGAAUUGGGCUGCCCUGUGGACGCAAGAGACCGCAACGGCUUCAGUGCUUUGCACCUUGCUGCACUUAACGGGCGCGUAGCUCUCACGCGGAUCCUGCUGGAGCGCGGUGCCAGGCGAGAGUUGGGUUCAUUGACGGGCAAGGUCGCGCUGGACUUCGCACGUGAGCUCGAUCUGGUUGACGUUGAGGACCUGCUUGUUCACCACGGCGAAGGUGGGCGACGCAGCUACUCCGCUGAAGAUUCGUCGCUCUUCGAUUCUGACGUUGAAGACGUGGACGGAGGCAACGUCAGCACGACGGAAACCAGUUUCAAUGCUGACGAGGACGAUGAGCUCGACUGGUCGGAGAGCGAGAGCGAUAUUGACAGCAGUGAGGAUGACGGCGACGAGGAUAAGCAUGACGCCGACCACGAGCUGUCUUUGACCGACUCGUCGGCCGACGACGUCACGCCUCGGCCUCCCUCUACGCCCGCCGUGGCAGCUACGCAGGAUGGUCCUCGCUUCCUUCCCCUCACGGACUCAUCAGCUCAAGAAAAGAAGGUCAAGCAACAGCUCCUCCCUCCUCCCGCUUCAUCCCCCUUCGCACCGAACCAAGACAAGAAGCAGUCGCAGCAACUUUCGUCCGCAGCAACCCUUCGUGCCUUGGCGGAGAAGCUUCCAGGUGGGCUGGCCUUCCUGGGCGUGGCUGGUGGUCUGCAGGAUCGACUACUGCCGCAAGCCCUGCAGCAACGCGUUGGACAGACGAUCAGUGUCUUCCACAUGCAAGCGGCAGAGCAGGGCACGCCCUUCAAUCCCGAGGAACAGCAGGCCGGCGGCAGCGGCGAGAGCCUCAAAGCCAAAGAUGCCACAACCAAUGCAGGCGGCGCAGCCUCCUCUGCUGGCGUCGCAGGCGAGCAAGAUACGUGGCGGCUCAUGAGUCUCUGGCGCAACAUUGUCGAGGAGACCGGUGGCCUUUGGCAUGGUCGAGCACCCCCGCCUGCUUAUGAGGAGGCGGCGCCCAACGGCGCUGGCACCGCACAGUUGGAUGAGAAGGUUGCGGAGCCCGCGCAAGCAGCAAGGGAGCAGCAGGAGCAAGCUGAGGAGACCGUCAAGUCAGGCGCUGAGAGCAACCCGGUCACUCCUCCUGCUACUACCCCACGACGCCUCUCACGGCGCUCUUCCACCUCCUCUCUGGACUCGUGUUCCACCACCGCCUCCUCCCUCCUCACAUCCCCUUCCUCCUCCCGCGCUACCGCGUCGGCCGCCCCUUCCCCGGCCAAUCGUCGUCGCAUCGUAGUGGAAGACGACUGGAUGUUGCGGUGGUUCUGGCUACCCUGCCUCGUCCUGGCUUUCCUUGUUGCGGCGUUCAGCACGGGGCCACUGAGCCUGGCUGGUCUGGCAAGCUACGUGCCUCAGCUGGGUGGCGUCGUUGCUAAUGCAGCGGCUGCUGGAGCGAAUGAAGGUGGAGCAGGAGCCGUUGUGGGCGUCGCGGACCGGGUGUAGGUGGAGUCUGACUGAAAACGAACGGACAGUAGGCGGACGUGUUGUUGAACAUCUUUCAUCUAUUCCCCAUUUCCCUUGUCUUUUCUUCUGCUCGCCAUCGUAUUUGUACAUUUUUUGACCUGUCUUCUUUGAAUCCAGUUGAUCCCUCCUCCACAUUAC